UGACCAAGUGAUUUUUUCCCCCAGGAGAGUUAAGCCCUGUGUCUCCAAUAUGGAAGUGGAGAACCAGACACGGGUCACCAGGUUCAUUCUGGUGGGGUUUCCUGGGAACUGGGGUGUGCGUGCAACAGUGUUCCUCAUGUUGCUCGUGGCCUAUAUUCCGACAGUGGCUGGAAAUGUGAUCAUCGUCGUGUUGGUGCAGCAGAACCUGCCACUGCACAAGCCUGUGUACUUCUUCGUGGCCAACCUGUCCUUGGAGACCUGGUGCAUCUCUGUGACUGUACCCAGGUUGCUGUUUAGUUUUUGGUCCGUGAGCUACAGCGUCUCCUUCACUCACUGUAUGAUACAACUUUACUUCUUCAUUGCACUCAUGUGCACAGAACGUGUGCUCCUGGCUGCCGUGGCCUGUGACCGUUAUGUGGCCAUCUGCCGCCCACUGCACUGCCCCACCAUUAUGAGCCAUGGGCUCUGCUUCCUCCUGCCUCUUGGUUCCUGUACCAAUGGCUUUGGCAUCUCCUUGGCUAAGAUCUACUGCAUCUCUUGCCUCAGCUUCUGUGGCCCCAAUAUCAUCGAUCAUUUCUUCUGUGAUAUCUGUCCAGUACUUAACCUCUCCUGCACAGACAUGUCCACAGCUGAAUUGGGGGACUUUGUCCUGGCACUGGUCAUCUUCCUCUCCCCCCCUGCUCUCACUGUCCUGUCCUAUGGAUGCAUUCUGGCCACCAUCCUAUGCAUGCCCACAGGAAAGCAGAAGGCGUUUCCUGCUUGUGCCUCCCACCUCGUGGUGGGCACCAUCUUCUCUUCAGCUACUAUUUUCACGUAUGUCUGGCCCCGAGCCAUUCAUGCCUUCAACAUGAACAAAGUUAUUUCCAUCUUCUGUGCCAUUGUUACCCCUGCUCUUAACCCUUUCAUUUAUUGCCUAAGGAACCGAGAGGUCAGAGAGGCUCUGAAGAAACUGGCUUACUGCCAGGCCAGCCGAUCUGGCGAGUCUGUUAUAAUUGAUUAGAAAGAAGUAGUUUGAUUCGG